AUGACCCCACAAGCUAGACAUGUGGCCUGCAACUCCUGUCGCCAACGCAAGACCCGCUGCGACGGCAAUCAACCCUGUUGCAAUCAGUGUGCUACACGAAGCAGUGCCUGCAGCUACAUUCGCCCCGAGGUCCAAGACCAACAGGAAAUUCUAGGCCUGUUGAAAGAUUUAACUCAACGACUGAGUGCCUUUGAGAAUAACCUUGCACCUCAAUACAAAUCUAUCGCUCCUGGGUUUGAGCAUGAUGCUGUGACAGACCCAGUGUUAUUUGCAUCAGACGACAUGGUACCUUCGGAUUUAGGGACCGUGGAACAGACUUCAGAUGACAACAUCUUCAUGAUGCCAGAGGUAACAGAUAUUGAUUACCAUCAAAUACUGGCCGAUUUGGAGACCUCCUCGCCACCAAUUUUCGGGGAUAUGUUUCCAGUGCCGAUGAUGUCCUGGUAUGAUGCGAACAAGCUUGUCGAGCCCAGAAUGGCCGACAAUGUAGUUGCAUCGGACUCGGAAUUGCAGAACAUAUACCAGACAUAUACUUAUAAGGCAAAUUCUGGCUGUUUCAUGAUUGACCCUGAUCAUUUUCAUGCAAGACUCCGAGAAGUCCCAGAAGCACCAGAGGUCAGCAGCCUGAAAUAUGCUCUCCUAGCUCAAGGAGCGUCGGCUUCAGCUACUCAUUUGAGAUACAAAGAAGAUUUUUACAAGCUGGCUUGCAAAUCCUUUGAACAGAUCAAGGCCUCAAAUCAGGGAAGGAAUAUCGUCGCCCUACAGGCCUGCGUCCUCAUUGCAUUUUAUGAGCUGCAGCAUGUUCACUUUGAAAAAGCCAGGGCUAGCUUGAACCGUGCAGUUUUGAUGUCUAAGAUAUUUGGCUUAGACCGUAUAGAUCAAAGAGGAGACUUUACUCCAGUUACUGGUGACACACUAAGUGAAUUGGAGGAACAAAGGCGAACGUUCUGGACUGUUUUCAACUUGAGUUGCUUUGCCAGCAUCACAGCUGGUUGGAAUGCACAUGCGCUGAUCGACUACAACCAGAUCACAACAUUCCUGCCGACUUCAUUGCCUCUUGAUCAGGUCACAUCAUCAUCGAAAAUCACAUUAUCGCAAGUUCUCUGUCCAUCAUCUUCCCCUGAAGCAUCGUCCACUGCCCAGGGAUAUAUAGUCAGUUUUGCUAUCCUAGGCUUUGCCUUUGUUCAUCUGGAAAACUCAUCUCAAAGACUAAAUCCUGCCCUCGGACAAGGGGAUUUCUGGCUACAACACUACCAACUUUGCGAGGCCUUGGUUCAUAUAUUCGAAACUUUUGGAACAGAUCAGCCCAGCCUGGUGGGUGGCGGAGAUUCAGAUCCAAUUUGCAUGUUUCUAAACUUGCACGCUACUAAUAUCACCCUGCACUUUGCUGCCAACCUGCAAAUUGCAAAUUCCAAGACUUCGCCUCUGCCUGUGCUGAUCGACCAUGAGACAAAAUAUUUGGACUCGGCGAUAAGGAUCGCUGAGACAACUGGUGCAGUCUGUCAAAUGGACCGCGGUAAAAUUGGCCCUUAUAUUCCGUGGGCUAUUUAUGUCGCUGCCCAAAUUUUUGUGCGAGACUUGCAACAAGUCGGGAUCUCAUCAAACCCAAAUCACCUGGACGCCCUGCAGAAAAAAGCCGCACCUGGAACCACCGGGUUGGGUACAUCCCAGCACAUAUUUUUGGACUAUAUUCAGCGACUGCUGGGGACAUUGUCAAUUCUUACUCUGCAUAGCCCAAUCGCCGGAUUGUUUAUUUCGCAGAUUAAUUUGGAGAUAAUGGGAGGUAAGCCGUUCACGGACCUUCGACUCAUUGGUCGAGUGGAGAACCUGGUACCUGGGUUCGAAAUACUUCACGUUUGA